CAGUGACCUGAAAACUGGUAAAUGGCUCCCUUAACAAGUCAUGCUUUACGAACAAUUUGCCAAAAUAGGAUCAUCCUUGGGCAAUUAAAUCCAAAAAUCGUCCAAAAUUCAUCUAUUUCUUCAAUUAGUUAUUGUCAAAGUCGCCGAAUAGCUAUUUCAUCAGUUUCUUAUGACAGUUCAAAAGAUAUAAAGACUCCUUCAAAAUUGAAAACUGUUGCUGUUAAAAAAUAUGUUGGAUUGUUAGGAAAAUUCGAACAAACUUUGGAAAAUAAGUAUCCAAAGGCUCAUAAAAUAUUUCUCUUUUUUAGGCAGGGUGUAAAAGAUUUUUUUGCCGACACAAAAAUGCACUAUAAAGUGACAACAGACUUAUGGAAAGGCCGUAGUCCAAAAACAUUUACUUGGAGGGAGUUGGAAAAUUAUAGAACCCAUUUAUAUGACAUUAUGAAAUCUGCUCCAGCUUUAGUAAUAUUCGCCGCUCCUGGCGGUUAUGCUUUGCUUCCGAUUGUAUACUUCUUUCCGAGGCAGCUGUUGUGCAAACAUUUCUGGACUGAGGAACAGCGAGAAAAAUUUGGAUUGUAUUACUUUAAUCAUAGAAUUAAACACUAUCCUAAUAUCAUGCACUAUAUGGAGCAACAUUCAAAAGAUAUUAAAAAAGAGGAUCUAAAGUUGAAAUUCAAUAAUUUAUUGCAACAAAUUCAAGGGGGAAAGAAUGGAACAAUUGAAGAUCUUCUUGCAAUCGAACGACUUUUUGUUAAUAGACCAUUUGCUUUAGGUUUUUUAUCUAAGGUUCAUAGAAUACAUUAUUGGCAUAUUGCUAAAAGUUGGUCGUUUUCAACUUGGAGAAAAUCGAAAUUAAUUCAAGAUAUUCAGCUUAUACAUUAUAUUGAUUUGGCUUUAGAUAAGGAGAAUUUAAACGAAUUGACCAAUGAUGAUUUAAAGACGUUGUGUUUUUCAAGGGGUCUUUGCCCUGUAGAGGUCGAUAGAGAUACUUUAGUAAACUACUUAGAAGAAUGGAUAAAAUUGAGCAAAAAUAUCAAUGGUAUACUAAUUCAUAUUAUCAUUUGCCUGAGAAAACUUUAA